GCAUUUUGCCACAGUGGCUUGUGAAAGAGGGCCGGAAGCCCCAUCGCAAAGAGGGGCAAUAAGAUCUAUGUCCAUACGACUAUAAAUGCUGAUUGGUCUAGGGAAGGAAAACAAAGACACAAGUUUUUCAUCAACUCCACUUGUUCAAUAACACAAGAAAAGUUUCACAGCGUUGAAAACUUCGAACUUGUCUGUUGUUUCAUCACAAGAUACUCAAGGUAUAUGAAUACUUGCUAGUUUAUCGAGGUUGGAAGUACCUUUUAUAGAGAAGAAACGUUUCUUGGCAAAAUCUCCAAGUCUUUAUUUUCAUUUCCUUGUAGCUAAACUAUUGAAAAGGGCUUGUGUUACCCCCCCCCCCAUCUAUUUCUUACUUGAAGCAGCCUAUCCCCUCUUUUUAAACUUUCUCUUUAUUCUCCUUAUUGAAUUAGGUUGUAAAGGAAAUAUUGUUUCAUCGCAAAUUGUUUUUAUGAAAAAUAAAGCAGAGAGGAAAAGAAAAAACUGACUUUAAAAGCUUCAUAAAGAAUUGGAACGUUUUGAUGAAAUGGAUAUGGCUUUACAUUUCUUCAGACUCGAUUUGGAAUUUAUGUUUCGAUUGUGACCAUAUUCAUUCACAUGGUUAUUCCCAAGUGUAGAUUGGAAAAGUUGACAGAUAGUUGGUGUAGAAAAGUCCUCAAGAGUUCACCGAGUCUUUCUCCAGCCAAAGGUUAUUGUGAAGUAGCUUUGUUCACUCAAAGGUUUCUGCCUCGUGUACUCCUGUUCCCACCAUGUAAUCGAGUGCUACCUUUGCUAUCCAUUUUUAACAGAACCAUUUCUUCCACUCCCUUUUGUGGAAGUUGCUUCUUUCAACAGUCUGCAAACAGGUUCAGUGCUAUAUCCAAAAUUUGCUUUCUCAUUAUGUUUUAUUUUGUUUUACCAUACAGUUUAUGUGGUUUGUUUGUAAGUUUUGAUAGCAGCGUGGUUUUUCUUAAGUUGUUUCAAAAACUUGUUGUUCAAAAGGACUAGUCUAUGAGACAAACGGCAAAGGUUAACUUGUUAGCUAUAUCCUAAUGACUGAAAUGGUGUUUAUUGUUUCACUCAAAGUCACUUUUCAAAAUAGUUUCCCAUACAAGUAGACUGUGUUUUUUUGAAUGGUAAGAAUACUUGCAAACAGAAACUAUUUGGGUAGCACAUCUAGUAACGAAAUCCUUAAAAAAAACACCUAUCGAAAACACAUUUACGAAGCAAACGAUUUUAAAUGUCUGGACGAGACGAAUGUUUUCGUUUUACUAAUAAAACUUUCACAAAUAAA